AUGAACACGACGGUGGGUCUCCCGACCGCCUCGGUCUCGUCGUGGCGGUGUCACGACCGCUCUCGGGUCCAACCGAUCCCCUCCACGUCGCCGCGAUGCGCGCCCCGCGCGGGGUGCCCCGAUCCGACGUUCCGGAACAGCAGACGUCGGGUUGAAUUCAACACGCAUCGGGGCGGACGCGACGUCUCUGCGGGGGCGAAACCGGGAAAGGGCGGCGUGGGUGGGCCCGAAGGACCGAGGAGACCCUCCCGCGUGGGCUCCCUGAGCAACGGCGACAGCAAGCGCAUGCCAAACAAGGAUUGGAUGGAGGAGCUCUCCAAGAUGUUCCCCGCCGAGAUGGCCGAGACGCGUAAGAAAGUUCGGAAGGAGGUGGAGCGGUCGAUCAAGGCGGCCAAGUUUCUGGUCGCAGCGCAGGUGUGCUUCGUGCUGGCGAUCGUCCUCGUGAAGCAGUGCAUCGACCAUUUCACCCCCGCGGGGUUCACGGCCGUCAGGGCGCUCGUCUCCCUCCCCUUCAUCCUCGCGCUCGCGAAAUCCGACGCCAAGAGUUGGAGGGAGUUUGUGGGAUCCUGGCGAGAGCUGUUCAGCAGCGGAUACCUCGUGUUCCUCGGGAUCCUCGUGUCCUUGGGUCAGAUGCUCCUAGUCCUAGGCCUGGAGCGCGUGAGCGUGGGUAACACGGUGGUCCUCGGGCAGCUCGUGCCGGUGUACAGCGCCACCAUCGCCGUGUUCCAAGGCGUGGAGAGCCCGAGCGUGGGGAAGUUCACCGCCAUCGCCGCCGGGGUGAUUGGCGCGGCGGUGAUGCUGGACCCGUCGCAGAUGUGGCUCUCGCUGGGGAACAUGCUCCUCCUGGGACGUGCCGCGGUCUUCGCCGCGUACCUCGCCCUCCAGGCCCCGGUGUUGCGAGCGUAUCUCCCGGUGACGGUUGCGGCGACGUGUCAAAUCGUAGGCGCCGUAAUCGCAAUCGCCGUGGGAAUACCACUCGCGCUGACGGGUAAGGGGGGCGCGGUCGGGGUGAUGGGCGGGAUGCGGGGCACGCCGGGCGUGGCGUGGAUCAUGGCGAUCGCGGUCGCCGCGCUCUCCGCAGCUGGGUACACCCUGACUGCCAGAGCUGAGCGCAGGACUACACCGGUUGUCACCGCGUGCUACAACACGCUCCAGCCAGUCAUCGCGCUGACGAUCAUGAUUGCGCUCGGCGAGUCCCCGGGUAUCAGGAACCUCCUGGGCAGCGCCCUGAUCAUGAUCGGUGGGUUCGCCGCGGUCGCGCUCAGCACCAACGACAAGAAGCGGUGGAAGCAGAGCUAUCCCCCGGGGGACGUCGGGGUGGACAGAAACUUCAAGCCCGAAGACGCGAAGCUCGCGACGGGGAAAACCGGCGGGUUUGGGGCCGACGGUGCAAACGUGGAUGACGACGGUUCGAGCGGGACGGUUCGAAUCAAGAGGACGCGCGGCGGCGAGCGAGGGUUCGAUCCGGACACCCCCACGGGUACGGUUCGCAUGACGAAGCUCCCCGGGUCCCUCGGGGCCGGGGCCAGGCGCCCGGUCAAGGUGGGCAGCGUGGUGUGGACGGUGGCGUGGGCGUCGGUGAUGUCUCUCUGCGCCCUAGCCGGGGGCGGGUAUCUGACGUGGUUCCUAGUCUACCUCCACUGGAAGUACUUCCUCGGUUGA